AUGUCUUCUGACGCCGACAAGUCCAAUAUUACCACCACCUACAAAGCUGCCAAAGACUUGGGGUUCCAUAGCUUCAAAGCUUUCCUAGAGUCGUAUGGGCUGAGGAUCUGGGAAUUAGACGACGUGGAAGAGGGCAAGGCGAUCAUGAGAGCCAUGGGCUACAACGUAUCUUGA